AUGCCGGAGGAGGACACGCUUGAGAAUCACGAGGCGCUCUCUGCGUCCCGAGCCAUGGAGAUCGAGGUUGCUAGCAUGAAGUUUCUGAGGUCCCAGACGUCCAUACCAGCCCCUCGUGUUAUCGACUACGACAUGGCCGCUGAAAAUGAAGUCGGUGCGCCUUACAUUCUUAUGGAAUACAUUCACGGAAGCGUUGCCUCGGAGCUUCGACGCGCAAGGUCGUGCGCCCCCCAGAUGUUCGGAAAUUCUGAGCAGGAUCGCAAGUUCCGGGAACAGAUGGCCCAGAUCCAGGCCACCUUGGCAUCGUUUCGUUUCCCUCAAAUUGGCAGCCUCUACUACAUCCAGGAAACAGAUGACUUCUACAUCGGCCCGGAACUCCAAACCGGGAAGGGGCCAUGGCGCUCCAGUGCCGAGUACUACGACGAUCUCGCCAACUACUUACUGAAAUCAGCCUCAAGCCACGAAGAGCUGAAGCAGAGCCAGGCGUACAUGCUCCCGGCCAUCCUCCGCCACCUGAUGCGCAUCCACGGCGAGGAGCCCACCGGUCCGUUCCGGCUGACCAACCGCGACUUCGGCGCGCACAACAUCCUCGUGAACGAGGACUUCGAGAUCGUCGGCGUGAUCGACUUCGACGGCGUGAUGGCUGCCCCGCUCGAGGUCGUCGCCCAGUACCCGGUGCUCUCCUUCCUCGAGACGGAGCCGCCUGGCGUCGUCCCCACGCUUCCGGCCGCGAUCGAGCGGGUCAGACGCACAGCGCCCAGGCUGCAGGAGUACAAAGAGCUGCUGGCGAGAUUUGAGUCGGGAGAGGACGGGAAAGGAGGGUCGACGGUCUCUGACAGGCUGGGAUCGACGUCUGCGAGCGUCUACAGGGGCAUGCUGGCUUACGCACAGCAUCAGGAUUUUGUGAAUGAGGAGUGGAUGAAGGCUUGUUUGAAGAUGGUGUUGGAUUACGCAGAACAGGGGUAA